AUGGCGUUCGCUCGCCUUCUGCGCAGCACGCAACGAUACCUCGAGAGAGUUCGGGAGCCCAUUCCCACAUUUGAGCAGCGCCUCUUCGACUUCUCCACCCCCGCAUCCCUGGCACGGUGGGCGACGUUCUCCGACAGAGAGCUGGGUGGUCGAUCAACAGCCUCCCUGAUCGCAUCCACCUCUCACCCGGGCACUGCGGUGUUCCAAGGGACCUUCAGCCGUGAAACUGGGGCCGACGCGGAUGAGCGACUCAAACGCAGUGGCUUUGUGGGCAUGAACACCCGGGACACCCAGGAUCGGCUGGAUCUGGAUCAGUAUGACACCAUGGUAUUGCGGGUGCUGGGAGAUGGGCGGCGGUACAUUGCAUCCAUUCGAACGGAGAACUGGAUCAUCGGCGAGGCCAGCUCCCAUGACGUGUACCAGGCCUUCUUGUUUGCCAGGGAAGGGGAGUGGACGGAGGUGGAGAUCCCGCUGGCUCGCUUCCUGCUGACCUACAAGGGGCGGCUGGUGGAGACGCAUGUGCAGAUGAACCGGUCCCGCAUUGUCAGCUUUGGUCUGGCCCUGGCCGGUGGGGACUACCAGCAGGAGGGGCCUUACUCCCUGGGCCUGGACUGGAUAAAGGUGAUCGACAGCAGGCGACUCGACCGAUGA